AACCCAGAGAUAACCUCAAACCAAAAUCCACAAACUUUGUUUUAUCUAUCUCAUUCCCUCUGUUUUCCCACAAUGUCUUGGAUUCACUCUGUUUUGUUCCUUUCUCUAACUUUCCAGUGGUGCGUUACCGGAGAAUCAUCACCGGAAGUCACUGAUGAUGGAGCUCCGAUGGAGAAAACAGAACAAGAAGCUCUUUACUCAACUAUUCAAGGAUUUGUUGGUGAUUCUUGGAAUGGUUCUGAUCUUUACCCUGACCCUUGUGGUUGGACUCCUAUUCAGGGUGUUUCUUGUGAUCUCUAUGGUGACUUGUGGUAUGUCACGGAUCUAACCCUAGGUCUUGUACACGAAAACUCGCUUUCUUGCGCCACAAGUUUGAAGAUAAAGCCACAGUUGUUCAAGCUCAAGCACUUGAAAUCUCUCACGUUCUUCAACUGCUUCACGUUGCCGAUAACAAUACCUAAAGAGGAGUGGAUUAACUUGGGAAGUAACUUAGAAUCUCUCGAGUUUAGAUCCAAUCCUGGUUUGAUUGGUGAACUUCCUGAAACAAUUGGAAGUCUCACAAAGCUGAAGUCUUUGGUGGUUCUUGAAAACGGGUUUAACGAGAAGUUACCUACGAGUCUCUGCAAUUUAACUAGGUUAAAACGGUUGGUUCUGGCGGGAAAUUCGUUCACGGGAACGAUACCGGAUUGUUUCAAUGGGUUUAAGGAGCUACUGAUCUUGGAUAUGAGUCGGAACUCAUUCUCAGGGACAUUGCCUUCUUCUAUUGGAGAGAUGGUUUCAUUGCUUAAGCUUGACCUAAGUAAUAACCACUUAGAAGGCAAGUUACCUCAAGAAAUCGGGUUUUUGAAGAAUCUGACACUUUUGGAUCUAAGGAACAACAGAAUCUCUGGAGGGUUAUUCGAAAACGUCGUAAAGAUUCGAUCUUUAACGGAUCUUGUUUUAUCAGGGAACUCAAUGGACAGUGACGACAUGAUGGGAAUAAAGUGGGAGAAUAUGGGCAAUUUGGUCAUUUUGGAUCUGUCAAAGAUGGGUUUAAGAGGUGAGAUUCCUUUAGGUUUAACAAGUUUGAAAAGAUUGAGGUUUCUUGGUCUCAACGACAACAAUUUGACCGGCACUGUCCCAUCAAAAGAGCUCGAGACAUUGCCUUGUCUUGGUGCUCUCUACAUCAGUGGAAACAAUCUAUCAGGAGAGCUUGAAUUCUCAAGAAAGUUCUAUGAGAAGAUGGGAACAAGAUUUAAGGCUUCAAAGAAUCCAAAUCUUUGUCAGCAUGUCGUGUCAGAAGCUCAGCAAUAUGUUGUUGGAUUGAAGUCUUGCAUGAUGGAGAAGACAGAGGGUAGUUUGGUAAUUAAACAAACGUGGAGCAACCUUAAGAAGGAGGAUGAGUCAAGUUCAUCAAUGGGUGUGAUGGUUACUAGACAUGUGUUGUUGUCAAAUGGGUUCAUGUGGGAUUUGCUUUUGGAGCUUUCUAUUAUAUUAUUAUUGAAUUUGUUAGUUUGUUAACUUUUUGUUUGAUGGUUAAUAGUAUUGAUAGAUUUUGAUGUCGGUGUUUGCUUAAAGAGAAGAAAAUUAAAUCCUUUUG